AUGUUGUUGAUGCUAGCGCUGACUGUCCGAGUGGGUAUCGAGUAUGGAAAAGUGCACUUCCUGGCUGAUAACUGUCGGGUGCUCGGUUGGCAAGUGGAUUGCAAUGCCGGCCGCGUUGGCGAUUGCUCGCCAUGCCUUUCUAUUCCUCCAGACAAGGCCCAACGCUACGCUGCAGCCAUCAAGGAAAUACUGGACAAUAGAGUUGUCAGUACCGUUGAAUUUGCCAGUUUAAUGCGCCCAUGGCGUCCGCAUCUGGCCUCGCUGUUCGCCCAGAAAGCCGUUGCGGAGAAGCGCGAGUUGAGGACGCUCCGUCUUGGUGGGGGUGUGCAGGGCGAUCUACGCUUCUUCUACGGUGAACUAACAACCCCCUUGCCGCGGAUUCCUGCGAAGAAGAUACUAAUGAACACAGUACUCUUGGUUACCGAUGCCAGCAUAAUAGGUUUGGGUGGUUAUCUGAGGGUCAAGCAGGAAAUCUACUGGUUCAAUCUCAAUAAGAUGGAUGACCCUUGUUGGUGGAACAUGUUAUGUGAGGUCAGAGCAGGAGAAGAACCGUCACAGUCCCGGGAGGCUGUCUCUGGUGACAUCAGCUUCCUCGAAUUGUCGGCUAUAUGCGUGGGGGUACUGGUGGCGGAGGCCGUACUAGACACUGAUCCUGACGACCAGACUGUAUUGAUUCACUCCUUCUGUGACAAUUCCUCGGCCGUGAGCACCAUCACCCGCUGGUCUUCAAAAGUGAGAUCAAUGCGGCGAGUCCUCUCACAAAUCUCCCCAUGGGCCAACCGCCUUACAUCGCAACAUGUUUCAGGCGUGUCCAAUAUAGCCGCCGAUUACAUAAGUCGGAAUAUACGCGCAUCCACUGUGAAACAGGUCCCAGCUAGCUGGACCCACGUGGCUCUGUCUCUGCUUCCCUCGGUGGGAGCCCUGUGUGCUUGCGACGCCUGA